ACCAAAACGGCACAACCACCAGGCCCGCUUCAGGAGUCUCAUAGCGAGGCGUUGCUUACAAAUGCGAACCCGGACAGUGGCACUUACAAAAAAUCUUACUCGCUCCUUAUUCGCAAGGGAACAAGGAAAUGACGCUGAAGCAGCGGUAGCCAUUGAAAACGCCGUGCGCCAACGCAAUGGUUCCGUGUCAUAUGAACAUGGGAUGGCCCAAGCUUCGCAGCCUUUCAUCGACAAGGUCGGCCCGUCUUCCACCACUGCAUCUUCUUCAAAGCAGCCCUGUUCUGAGGGUAGUUUCUGUCUCGAUACAGAUUUAACUGGAGCAUCAGUGCCUACCAAGGACAUCAACGAGUGCAUACGCCCGGAACAAUCGCAGCAAUUACAGGAGCCUCUAGUCCUCACAGAAGAACAGUCACGGGCUAAAUUUGCGGGAGCAGCUGUACCAGAAAAUGCCGGAGGCGUCAGUUCCGUCUAUAGGCUUCUUGAACACCAACAGGCAGAAGAGAACGCUCGGAAGCUCGCUACCAACACUCCCAGAUGCACCAGAAACGAGCUUUUGCAACACUUGGUUGGUUUCGUUAUGCGAAGGAUGAGGCUAGGCCAUCAAAGUAAAGCACAGAGGCGAAUCCGCGUGCUUCCAGGCAUCCAAGUUCUACGAAAUGACAGCUGUUGCUUGAAGCUACUGCUCGCAGACGAACUAGCCACCGUUGCUGCCACUUUCACCACUGAAUAUGCAGAACAUCUUACCGAAUGGAAGUACCUUUUGACGUCGCUGAUGACGGUCCACCGCUGCAUUCAUACUUUAUGCCUGAACAUCUCGGCUGUAGCACCAUCAUCUGGGCGCUUUUACAGAGCCUUCCGGUUGCGUGGCGGGACUGCCGAGAUCGACUGUUGCUGA